CAGCCGCAGCCCCGGGCAGAGGCCCGGCCUGGCCUGUCGCACGCCCGGCUCGGGGGACCCGUCCCCCAGGGACUCGCCGCCUCCCGGCCAGGGCGUGAGAUAAGGAGACUGAGGUCCAGAGAGACCGGGCAAGUUGUCUAAGAUCACAAAGCUUUGUGAGUAUCAGAACUGAAUCCCGAACCCAGAACCCUCCCCCCGGUAUCACUUUCCUUGGUCUCCCCAGGUGAGGGGAGGGCACAGACCUGGAACUCGGCUCCACUCUCUUGGUUUUCCCUCCCCCGGACGCCCGGGCUCCCCCCAGCCACUGGGAUGCCCAGGGCCAUGGCUUAGCCCGCGGGGGCCGAUGGCCAACGGGACGGAGCCCAAUGAGACGCUGGGGGCGGGGUCCCCCUCCUCCCCUCUGGUGGGACUCAUCCCGGCUGCCUUCCUGGAGGUGGUGACCCUUCUGGCCAACGGCACCGUGCUGGCCGUUGUCCUCCGCACGCCCGCCCUGCGGAAGGCCGUCUACCUCGCCCACCUGUGCCUGGUGGACCUCCUGGCCGCGGUGUCUGUGAUGCCCCUGGGCUUGCUGGCGGCGCCCCCGGGGCUGGGCACGGUGUACCUGAGCCGGGGCCAGUGCCGGGCCGCACGCUUCGUCACCGCCACCCUGGUGUCGGCCUGCACCCUGACGCUGGCCGCCCUGGGCCUGGAGCGCUACCGCUACAUCCUGCACCCCCUGCGGCCCCGGCCCCGGCCCCCGCCCCUCCUGGUGCUGGGGGUCGUGUGGGGGGUGUCCGGCCUCCUGGGGGGGCUCUCCCUGCUGGGCCGGCCUUCUCCAAACUGCUCCCUGGUGGCCGGCCCCCCGGGGCCCUUCCGGCCCCUCUGGGCCAUCCUCGCGUUCGCGCUGCCCGCUCUGCUGCUCCUCGUCUCCUACGGAAGCAUCUUCCGCGUGGCCCGGCUGGCAGCCCUUCGCCCCCCGCCCCCCGCCCCCGGCCCGCGGCCCCGCUGCGACUCCCUGGACAGCCACCUGUCCAUCCUGCCCCCCCGGCUGGCCGGCCCCCAGCUGGUGGGGGGCAAGGCGGCCCUGACGCUGGCCCUGGUGGUGGGCCAGUUCCUGGGCUGCUGGCUGCCCUUCUUUGCCGCGUGUCUGCUCCCCGGGCGCUGGAGCGUAGGGGUGGAGGUGGCUCUCACCUGGCUGGCCUACUCCUCCUUCGCCGCCCACCCUUUCCUCUACGGCCUCCUGCAGCGGCCCGUGCGCGAGGAGCUGAGCCGUCUGGCCCGGGCCUGGCUCCGAGCGCUCCCGGGACCCUGGCACUGCCCGCCGCGGGCCUGGCUCCCCCAGAGCUUCCUGAGGCUCCUCCGGGGAGACCCCGAGAGCCCAGCCCUGGACCCUUCUGCUGGCCAGGAAGCAAACCCAAUGGCUGCAGAGGGGCCCGGCCUGGACCAGGGAGAGAGCACCUGAACAAGGAGACCGGGAGGGGAGGAGGGGGGAGGAAGCCUGAGGUACCAGGGAGAGGGCAGCCAGCCACACACUCUCUCCCUUGGGGUGGGCUUGUGCCGUGUCCAUCCCGAGCCUCCUGGCCCCCAGGUGGCCUCUGCCCCUGCCUGAGUAUGUCUGCCCGUGGGCCUCCCUGACCCCCCCGCCCCUCGGGGGAGGCCGUGUCCCACCUGGGGUCCUUAGGGUCUCCCCCGAGGCCUCCUAAGCUAGCAGUGGGGACCCCUCUGCGCCAUCCUUCCCUGCCCAGACCCCCACACACCUGUUUUCCCGAUGGACCACCUCAGGGAGCUAAGGAGUCUGGGGGAACCUCCUCUGCGCUGGCAUUGGUUCCAGCGGGUUCCAGGAAGGGGUCACCGUCCUGGCACAGGAGCCCGGACGGGGUGACCUUGAAUCCCUGGCAAGGAGAGGAUCAAUGCCUGGGAGAAAUAUACAAAGCCAGGCCGGACCGGAUGGGGCUCAGAGCCAGAGCCAAGACUGCGGGCUCAGAAAUCCUCCAGGGCUGGGGUGGGGCCGUCUCAGUGAGAGGGGGCAGACACAGCGAGCCCCGAAACCAGCAGAAGCACCCGGGACAUGUGCUCAGAAGAUGACUUCUGCCCGCCCCUCCCUUAGCCCCCUCCUCUCCCUUUCCCCCAAUCAAACUGGAGACAUGCAGGUCACUGAGAAUAUUUAUUCAAAAACUGGAUUGAAAAAACUGUA